AUGACGAGGGAGGUCUGUGGUGUGCCGAGCGUUGUCCGGUGAGCAGCUCCCCCACAGGGCAGUAUCCUCCCAGACCGGCUGGAAGGCGGGAGUGUGGCGCAGACCCCCAUCUCCGGACCUCGACCAGGGACUCCGGGCUCUGAAGGCAACGAGGAGGCACAGACGGCAGAAGAGUGAGAGUCUUGAGAGGGACGUGUGAACAUGACGGAGAUCAGGUGCCCCCUCCUCUCCCUCCUGGUUAUCGUGGCGACCGUGUGUCUCCACGGCAACGCGGCUCAGUCGAAAGAGUGCACCAAGACGGAGCUGGCAGACAUACUCUUCCUGGUCGACGGCUCCACCAGCAUCAAGGAAAGAGAUUUUCAGAGCAUGCUGAACUUCAUGAAGUCCAUCGUGAACGCGAGUACCGUCGGCGAGAAGGAGACGCGUUUUGGCGUCAUCCUCUACUCGACCGCACCCAAGUCCGUCUUCACCCUCAACGAGUAUUCCUCCAAGGGGCAGGUGUUGGAGGCCAUCCAGGCCCUCCAGUUGCCCACCGGCGACACCUACACAGGCAGCGCCCUGGCCUACACCCUGCAGUUCUUUGAGGUGCAGCACGGCGGGAGGCGGCCCUCCAAGGUGCCCCAGAUCCUCAUGGUGAUCACCGACGGCGAGGCUACAGACCCGGGCAAACUGAAGGCUCCCGCCGAGGCACUGCGCGAGAAGGGAGUCAUCGUGUACAGCAUCGGCGUGAAGGGCGCCAACCAGAUGGAGCUGGAGACCAUCUCCGGGAACCCCACCCGGGUCUUCUUCGUGGACAACUUCAUCGACCUGGAAACCCUCUCCAAAGAGAUCUGCAUCGACACCCCUCCUGAGUGUCAGAAGCGGAAAGCUGACCUGGUGCUGCUGAUCGACCAGUCUGGAAGCAUCAACGACGCUGACUACACAACCCUGAAGAACUUCAUGAUCAGCCUGAUCAGGAGCUUCAACGUCAGCCAGGACCUGGUGCGUGUGGGCGUGGCCCAGUUCGACAGCGCCCCGCAGCACGAGUUCUACCUGAACCGGUUCGCCACGGAGGCGGAGGUCACCAAGCACAUCCUGGCCAUGGUGCAGCGGAAAGGGCAAACCAAUAUCGGAGAGGCGCUGAAAUUCAUCAAGGGGUACUUCCAGAAGUCCACGGGGAGCCGCUUGGGUGCGGGCGUGUCCCAGAACCUGGUGCUGAUGACGGAUGGCCACUCGGAGGACGACGUGGGGCCUCCGGCCAAGGUGCUGCUGGGCAUGGGCAUUGAGACGUUUGUCAUCGGCAUCGGCGACAUAAACCAGCAGCAGCUGAAGGAGAUCGCAAGCAAGCCCUUUACCGUUGAGAAUUUCAGCUCACUGGCCAACAUCAAGACGAAUGUGGUGAAGACCAUCUGCGACUCCGUGCCCCCCGGCCCUCCUCCUACUCCUCCUCCCUCAGACCCAGCCUGCAGUAUCGACGUGGCCGUGGGUUUUGACCUGCCCAUGCCCCCCGGGUCCCAGCUGCUGGUGGCCGGUCUCCCCCUGCUCCGGGCUGCCCUGCCAGAGAUUCUCCGCUCUGCGGCCUCGAUCAAGGGCCUGUGCUGCGUCCGCCACGCCGUCACACCCAACUUCGCCUUCCGGCUGGUGGGCCGCGCCGGGCAACUCCUGGACGACGUUGGCUUCGAGCCGUUCAGCGAGGCGGUGCUGGAGAAGGUGCUGAAGCUGCGGACUUCGGAGCCCACCUACUUCAACACGGCCCUGCUCACCUCCUUCCAGGAGAAGUUCGCCACCCAGUCCAAGGCCAAGGCCAAGGUGCUCAUCGUCUUCACAGACGGUCUGGAUGAAGAUGUGAGGAGGCUGAAGGAUCAGUCUGAUCGGCUGCGUCGUUCUGGGGUGAAUGCCCUGCUGGCGGUGGCGCUGGGCGGUGUGCGUGACUCCAGCCAGAUCCAGAUGGUGGAGUUCGGUCGCGGGUUUGGCUUCACGGUCCCGCUCAGUGUGGGCAUGCAGAGCGUGGGCCGCACCGUGCUCAGGCAGAUAGAAACGGUGGCCGACCGAGAGUGCUGUGAUGUCGCGUGUAAGUGUACGGGUCAUGAAGGUGGCCGAGGCAAGCCGGGAACCUCAGGUUCAAAGGGUGGUCCCGGACCUAAAGGUCAUCCAGGGUACCCAGGAGAUGAAGGCACUGCUGGCGAUCGAGGCCCUCCGGGGUUCUGGGGAGCCCAAGGCAGCCGUGGAUGCCCGGGGCCAAGAGGGCCGAAGGGCAAUCUAGGUCAGAGUGGCAACAAGGGUGAAGGAGGAGAUCAUGGAAUGGACGGAGACAAAGGAGAGCAGGGUACAGCGGGCUUGAAAGGAGCUCCGGGAGGGAAAGGAGAUCCCGGGAACGCGGGCAACACGGGGAUCACAGGAGAGGGAGGAGUCAAAGGACAACGCGGACUCAGAGGAGACCCGGGGGCCGCUGGCUCAGACAACUCAGUGGUGGGACCUAAAGGUGAUCCAGGGAACGCUGGCCUGCCGGUAAGAGGCCUGCUCCUGGGAAUCCUGGUAUCCUCAGGGAAUGUGAAGGAAUGGUCACUGAGCGUGAACGGGGGGCUUGGCGUCGGGGGACAGGAGGGACCCAAAGGGAGACGGGGGCCCACGGGACCACCGGGUAUCAAUGGAGAGGGGGGCAGUAGAGGAGGAGCAGGUGCUCCAGGCGCCUCCGGCCAGCGGGGACCCCAGGGGGUCAGAGGUCAGCCGGGCUUCAGAGGAGUCCAGGGACCUCCUGGAGCUCAGGGCAGGCCCGGAAACGAGGGACCAAGCGGUCUGGUUGGACGACGGGGAGUCAAUGGACAGAAGGGACAACCAGGCGACUCCGGGCCACAAGGGGGGGCAGGCCCUCUGGGGCCCAGAGGAAUUCCAGGGCAAGAUGGCAGAGAUGGGUAUGGAAUACCUGGAUCGAAAGGAACUAAGGGCCAUGCCGGUGUCCAUGGAAACCCUGGCGUUCCGGGGAAAAUCGGAGUGAAGGGAGGCCCUGCAGGGCCGGGGCCCAAAGGAACCCCUGGCAGAGGGGGGGUCGCGGGACAUCCUGGAGAAUCGGGACAGGGGGGAGGUCCAGGAUUCCCUGGACACAAGGGCCCCAGGGGACCCCCAGGGGACAGGAACAUGUCUGAGUGUGAGCUGAUCAACUACAUCCGAUCCAACUGUGUCUGCUGCCAAGGCUCCCCCUGCCCGGCCUACCCCACUGAGCUGGUGUUCGGUCUGGACAUGUCGCAGGGCGUCACGCCGGCCGCCUUCGAGCGGACGCGCGGCGCCCUGCUGGCGCUGCUGGAGGGCGUCGACGUCGCCGAGAGCAACUGCCCCAAGGGGGCGCGCGUGGCCGUGGUGGGCUACAGCGCCCACACCAAGCACCUGGUCCGUUUCCACGACUACCGCUCUAAGAAGCAGCUGCUGGAGCUGGUGCGGAACAUCGCCCUGGAGCGCACGAGCAACCGCCGCCGCCUGGGGGGCGCCAUGCGCUUCGUGGGCGCCCACGUGUUCAAGCGUGUGCGCCGGGGCCUGAGGAUGAGGAAGGUGGCCGUGUUCUUCAGCCACGGCCCGUCGCAGGACGGCGACGACAUCGUCACCGCGGUGAUGGAGUACCGCGCCCUCGACAUCGUCCCGGCCGUCCUGGCGCUCGAUCGGUACGAGGAAACCCGGAAGGCGUUCGAGGCCGACCACACGGGCAGCUCUGUGUUCCUGACGCUCGGCCACUCCCAGAACCUCACCAGCGACCUGGAACCGAUCAAGAGAUGCGUCAUCUGCCACGACCCCUGCCGCCCUCAGGCGGGCUGCGUCAGUGGCCCCGGGGCCCCGGGCCCCCAGGUCCUGGACGUGGACCUGGCCCUGGUGGUGGACGGCUCCAGGGAGGUCCCGGCCCACCUCUACUCGGGUCUCCGGGAGCUGCUGGGUUCGGUGGUGGAGCAGGUGGCCGUCAGCGCCCAGCCCCGCCAGGCCGACGGCCGGGCCCGCGUGGCCCUGGUCCAGCAGAGCGGCCGGCUCCACUCCCAGGCCCCGGCGGCGGGCCCGCAGGCCGCCACGGUAGAGUUCGGUCUGCUGAGCGCCCUGGGGAACAGCCAGAUGAAGAGCCACCUGCUGGAGAGGAUGACCCAGAAGGGGGGCCCCUCGGCCCUGGGCCACACCCUGGAGUACGCCCUGAGGGAGGUGCUGCUGAGGGCCCCCAACCCCAGGAAGCACCGCGUGCUGCUGGUGGGGGUGGGGGCACAGACCUCCAGCUGGGACCAGGACAAGCUCAGCCGGGUGGCGCUGGAGGCCAAGUGCCGGGGGGUGGCGGUGCUGGUGGUGGCCCUGGGGGACAGCUACAGCCAGGAGCAGGUGGUCGAGCUGGCCAGCGGCCCCCUGAAGCAGCACCUCCUCUGCCUGGGCGGCCUGGGCCCCGAGGAGCAGGGCUACGCCCGGCACUUCAUCGCCACCUGGCUCUCCGUGCUCAGGGAUGGGCUGAACACGUACCCCCCGGUCUCUCUGAAGAAGUCUUGUGAACUGCUCCACGACAUAGAAAGACGGGUUGAGCAGGUGUCUGUGGACCCGUGGGAGGAGCAGAGCGGGAGCAGCCCUGACACAACUCUGCAGGACCAGGCCGACCCCGGCUGGUCCGUGCUCAGCGCAGACGCAGGGCUCUUCCUGAGAGCCACGCCCAAUGCCCGGUGUCAGCUGGCUCAAGACUCUGGUUCCCACUGCUCUCACUAUGUCCAGCGCUGGUUCUAUGACCGCGUCCUGGGGGCCUGCGCACACUUCUGGUACGGCGGCUGCGGCGGCAACGAUAACCGCUUUGACACGGAGCGCGAAUGUCGCAAGACAUGUAUCACUAAGAUUGAUUCCUCUCUACUGGGACCGAGUCAAAGCAGGACUCACAGAAAGGCCAGCUGCUCCCUGGGCCAGGACAUGGGUCCGUGUCAGGACUACGCGAUGUACUGGGCCUUCAACGCGCAUCGGAGAGAGUGUAUUCGCUUCUGGUAUGGCGGCUGCGGGGGGAACAGCAACCGCUUCGCGACGCGAGAGGACUGUGAGGGACUCUGUCUGAACCGGCGGGGGUAGAACCGCCAGACCGCCCGACCACGGCCCCCCCCCCCCCCCCCCUCCCUCAGCCAAAGAUGACCUCCAAUGGUCGUAGCUUCACAUCGGCCCAUGAAAAGAUGUCUAUGUCUAAAUGUCUACAUUUAUCGUUUUGUAUCUUGUUCUGAAUCCAUAAUCUCACUCUCCCACCCAACAUGAGUGCUUCCUACCGUCUACCAUCCUGCCGUCUGAGCGUGUGCGGUCUCAGAAGUGUUCCUCCCUGGGUCUAGACGGGUCUCGUGACCGGCCGGACAGACCCAGAGCCUCUAUUCCUAUUCCAGAGGACCCAGCGAGGCCCCGGUCUGGGGGUCCCCUUCAGGCUCUGGCGGUGUGGACGACGGUGUGAGGAUCACCCCCAUCACAUCGUUCAUUCAACCAUCCACUGGUGCUACGUGUUAAUAAAAAAAGUAUGGAA